CACCUUAAUUAUACUAUGGCUAAUCCCAUUCCUCUCCCCCUGCAAGAGAGAAUCUCUCGUAAAAACAACCUAAAGAGAGCCAUGGAACUCACCAUCUUCUUCCUCCUCCUUGCUCUCCUCUCUUAUAGACUCCUAUCUAUUGACAACAACAACAACAAAAAUAGUGUGGCUUGGCAACUGGCAUUCCUCUGCGAGUCAUGGUUCACCUUCUAUUGGGUCCUCACCAUGAAUCUUAAAUGGAACCCUUUUGAGUACAGAACAUAUCCCCAACGCCUCUUAAAUCGGGGUGUUGAUGAGCUUCCCCCAGUGGAUUUGUUUGUUACAACAGCAGACCCUGUUCUUGAACCACCAAUCAUCACAGUGAACACUGUACUCUCUUUGUUAGCUCUUGAUUACCCAUCUCACAUGCUCGCUUGCUAUGUCUCCGAUGAUGGUGCUUCUCCUCUUACCUUCUAUUCUCUAGUGGAAGCAUCAAAAUUUGCAAAGCUAUGGGUACCUUUCUGUAAGAAACAUGAUGUUCAAAUCAGAGCACCUUUUAUGUAUUUCUCCGGCGCCGGCAGCACUGACAACCUCUCAUCGGAAUUCCAACAGGAAUGGAGGAAGAUUAAGAACGGAUAUGAACAACUCUGCCAUAGAAUUGAAGAGGCGGUUCAGAAAGGAAUCCCAUGUGAACUGACUGGAGAUUUUGCAGCUUUCUCAGGAAUUGGAAGUAGAAACCAUCCUAGCAUAGUUAAGGUUUUAUGGGAGAACAAGGAAAAUAUUUCAGAUGGGAUACCGCAUCUAAUAUACUUGUCAAGAGAGAAGCAGCCCAAGCACCCACAUCAUUUCAAAGCGGGGGCAAUGAAUGUCUUGAGUAGAGUAUCUGGAGUGAUGACAAAUUCUCCAUUCAUGCUCAAUGUGGACUGCGAUAUGUUUGUGAACAAUCCACAGGUUGUGCUUCAUGCGAUGUGUCUCCUGCUUGGUUUUGAGAAAGAAACUGAAAGUGGAUUCGUUCAGUAUCCACAGAUGUUCUAUGGAGGUCUAAAGGAUGACCCUUUUGGAAAUCAGUAUGUAGUUUUAGCGAAAUACUUCAUUCCUGGAAUUUUGGGACUGCAAGGACCUUGGUAUGCUGGAACAGGAUGCUUUCACAGAAGAAAAGCUAUAUAUGGGUUAUCAGCAGACGAAGCAGAAAAUAAGGGAAGAAAUCAUGGCGUCAUUAAUGGAAAAUCACUGGAAACACUAAGAACAAAAUUUGGAGAGUCAAUAGAAUUUGCAGAAUCAGCAGCUCAAAUACUAUAUGGGACAAAUAACAGUAUAAAUCCUCCCCUCAAUCUUUCAAGCUGCAUCGAGGCAGCAAUUCUUGUUGCUGGUUCAGUUUAUGAGUAUAAGACUGAUUGGGGUACAAAGGUGGGUUUGGUUUAUGGAUCAACAACAGAAGAUAUGCUAACAGGGAUCAGAAUUCAUGCAAAGGGUUGGAGAUCCGUAUACUCAGAUUUGGACUCACCGGCAUUUCUUGGGUGUGCACCGACGGGUGGACCCGUAAUCAUGACCCAAACGACAAGAUGGGUCACUGGAUUCUUAGAGAUCCUCUUCAGCAGUAGAAGUCCCAUUCUUGCCACCAUCACCGCAAAGCUCCAGUUGAGACAAUGCUUAGCCUAUGUUUACUUCCUGCUAUGGGGACCAUGUUCUCUACCUGAGUUAUGCUAUGCUCUAUUGCCCGCAUUCAGUAUCUUCACCAACAUCCAUUUCUUACCUACGGUAUCUGAACCAGCUAUAUUCAUUCCGGCUUCCCUUUUCAUCAUCUAUAACCUCUACACUCUUUCGGAGUACAUCCAAUGUCGCCUCUCAAUCAGAACAUGGUGGAACAACAGGAGAAUGUCAUGGAUAACUACCUCAACAGCAUGCUUGUUUGGAUUUCUAUGUUUCUUUCCCAAGUUUGUUGGGCUUUCAGAGAAUGUUUUCAAAGUUACACCAAAAGAUAACCAAGCUGGUUCUGGUACUGAAGACGCCGAUCAUGGCCGGUUUACCUUCGAUGAAUCACCAAUCUUUGUGCCACCAACAGUCCUUCUGUUUGUAAACUUGACUGCACUCUUCAUGGCCUUCCUUGAUGGGUCUUCGUGGCUGGGGCUAGGGGAGAUCAUUUGCUGUGCAUGGAUGGUGCUCACCUUCUUGCCCUUCCUCAAAGGGCUCUUUCGGAAAGGAACAUUUGGUAUCCCUUGGCCCACCGUAUGGAAAUCAGUUGCGUUGGCAUCAAUCUUCCUGCACUUCUCAAGGCACUGGGCUUCUAAAGGUUAAAUAGAUAAUCUCAGAAUUAUAGUUAUUUACCUUCAUGAUACAAGCCUAGUCAGUAA